CGAGCGCCCUGAUCAGGAUCAGGUUUUGGAGAUAACCUCAUUUCAAGAGAUCAGGAGGGGAACGGACGUAUGGCGUCAACGGCGGCGACCGGCUCCGACUCCCGGCGGCUCUUGCCCGGCCAUCAGAAUUCCCAUCAGAUGGAUAGGAUCAACGGGAAUAGCCUGAAGUCUACCACUGCAAUAUCUCCAUUCUCUCUUGGAGCAGACGAAUUCGAGGAGGACACGCUUAUUGCCUCGCAAGCACCAUCACAGAGAAUUGGUGGCUUUGAAAGAAAUGUAGGCUCUGUGAGCUGGGGCAUUUUUCAUAGCCUGAAGAUCGUGCUGCUCAAGUCAAAGCUCAACGUGUUGAUACCGUGUGGUUUUUUGGCCAUCAUUGUCAACUACUUGACCGGAAAUCAUGGUUGGGUAUUUCCUCUGACCCUGCUGGGCAUUAUCCCUUUGGCCGAAAGAUUGGGUUUCUCCACUGAGCAGUUAGCAUUCUUCACAGGCCCAACAGUUGGGGGCCUUCUGAAUGCUACAUUUGGCAAUGCAACAGAGUUGAUUAUAUCAAUCCAUGCGCUAAGGAGCGGAAAGUUAAGGGUUGUUCAGCAAUCCUUGCUAGGGUCCAUCCUGUCAAACUUGCUUCUGGUUCUUGGUUGCGCAUUCUUCAGCGGAGGGAUCACUUGUGGGAAAACAGAGCAGAACUUCAACAAGUCAGGUGCAGUAGUGAGCUCUGGACUGCUUUUAAUGGCGGUAUUGGGCUUGCUUCCUCCUACUGUGCUGCAUUACACCCAUUCAGAAGUUCACUCUGGAAAGUCAGGACUGGCAUUAUCAAGGUUCAGCAGCUGCAUUAUGCUUGUUGCUUAUGCUUGUUACAUUUACUUUGAAUUGUCAAGCAGUCGCCGUCGCGGGGAAUUUAGUGAAGUAAGAGUUGCGAAUUUAGGGGAUGCCAACAAUGAUGAAAAUCCCGAGAUGUCAAAAUGGGAAGCCAUUGCCUGGCUUGCAAUUUUGACAGUUUGGAUCUCAGUACUCUCUGACUAUUUAGUUGAUGCAAUCGAUGGGGCUUCCCAGGCUUGGAAUAUACCAAUUGCAUUCAUCAGUGUUAUUUUGCUUCCAAUUGUGGGGAAUGCUGCAGAACAUGCAAGUGCUGUCAUGUUUGCAAUGAAAGACAAAUUAGAUCUCUCCCUUGGAGUUGCAAUAGGGUCAUCCACACAAAUGUCCAUGUUUGGGAUACCAUUUUGUGUAGUGAUAGGAUGGAUGAUGGGCCAGCCAAUGGACUUGAACUUUCAUCUCUUCGAGACCGCAAGCCUCUUAAUGACUGUACUGGUUGUCGCAUUUUUGUUGCAGGAUGGGACUUCGAAUUGCUUAAAAGGGUUGAUGUUGUUUCUUUGCUAUCUGAUAGUGGCUGCCAGUUUCUAUGUACAUUCUGAUCAGGAUCCUGAUGGUAACAACCCUUCUCAAAACUAG